UUUUCAUUCAUUUAGUUUUUGAAAAAAAAUAAAAGUCACCAUUCCCGAAUCAAAAUUUGUUUUAAAAUUUUAAAGCCAUCGCAAGAGCGUGAAGACAACGUGUGAUUGAAGUGCGGUUCAGUGAAAAGUGCACAGCACAUUUGUAAACCCAUCAGAUCCUUCAUCGUCAUUCCCAUCCGAACAACGCGAUCUAUAGACUACUGCGAGUGGAGGGGCACAGGGAGCAGAGGAGGCAAGAGGACAAAGGUCUGGAUUCUAGAAUCUAGAUUGAAACACUCGAACUCAAACACGGCCACUCUACAGGAGCAACUUUCAGAAGCUGUCAAUCACUUUCACUUCAAGUUUGGAAAAGAGCAGUCGAAGCGAAAGCAUUUUCAUACAUUUUCAUCGGGCAUUUUGUGAAGAAAUCAGAAAACCGGAACUUUAAACAACUCCACAUAUAGAGGCAACGAUUCCAUUCGGUUAUAGCCAAGAAUUGGGCACAGUAAAUCGAAAAGAAAUUUGACAAAUUACCGAAAGUGACCAAAAGUGCAAGUCACCAACACACACACUCCUUUUGCAGAAAAGUGAAAAGUGAGCUUACGAAUAGAACAAGUGUUGAGCCACCAGCCACCGCAGCUACACUAGAGAAGCAUAGCCCACAGCUCCGCCAAGGAUCAAGUCCCAGUCUCCCAGUCAAGCGCAAUCUCAGGGUGAGUCCCUGACAAGCAGCACCAACGGCGUCCCAGACGAUUGUCCUAUCCGGCCCGGACAACGCAGCCGCGGCUCGCAAAACCGAGACCAUGGCGGAGGUGCUCAACCUGGAGAGCAUCAUUGCCCGUCUGCUGGAGGUGCGUGGCGCCAGGCCCGGCAAGAAUGUGCAGCUGUCGGAGGGCGAGAUCCGGGGACUGUGCCUCAAGUCGCGCGAGAUACUGCUGGCGCAGCCCAUACUGCUGGAGCUGGAGGCGCCGCUCAAGAUCUGCGGCGACAUCCAUGGCCAGUACUAUGAUCUGUUGCGUCUGUUCGAGUACGGCGGCUAUCCGCCGGAGGCCAACUAUCUCUUCCUGGGCGACUACGUCGACAGGGGCAAGCAGUCGCUGGAGACCAUCUGCCUGCUGUUGGCCUACAAGAUCAAGUACUCGGAGAACUUCUUUCUGCUGCGCGGCAAUCACGAGUGCGCCAGCAUCAAUCGCAUCUAUGGCUUCUACGAUGAGUGCAAGCGCCGAUAUACCAUCAAGUUGUGGAAGACAUUCACGGAUUGCUUCAACUGCCUGCCGGUGGUGGCCAUUGUCGAUGAGAAGAUCUUUUGCUGCCACGGCGGACUGAGUCCGGAUCUCACCUCCAUGGAGCAGAUCCGCCGGAUUAUGCGACCCACCGAUGUGCCCGACCAGGGACUGCUGUGCGAUCUGCUCUGGUCCGAUCCGGACAAGGACACCAUUGGCUGGGGCGAGAACGACCGUGGCGUCAGCUUCACCUUUGGCGCCGAGGUGGUCGUCAAGUUCCUGCAGAAGCACGAUCUCGAUCUGAUCUGUCGUGCCCACCAGGUGGUCGAGGAUGGCUACGAGUUCUUUGCCAAGCGCCAGUUGGUCACCCUCUUCUCCGCCCCAAACUAUUGCGGCGAGUUCGACAAUGCCGGUGCCAUGAUGUCCGUGGACAACACCCUCAUGUGCUCCUUCCAAAUCCUCAAGCCCGUCGAGAAGCGCAAGAAGUAGCUACCAGAAUACCAGCAGGUAGCUAGAUCUGUGGACCUCUCUGUGGACCAGAUCUUGAAUUUUACACCAUAACACAAGCAAUGACAUACUCUGACCCUCAUCCACAUUAUCACGAAAUCCCACACGAAAUCGGUUCGAAAUCAUAAUUUCCAGACUCAUCUAGACUCGUCAAACGGAUCAAAGAAGAAGAAAUGGCCCAGCUCCAGCGUAUAUCUCCAUGAAUCCCAACUGGCUUACCAGAUAUCCAGCCAUUUCCUUCAUAUGUGUGAUAUUAAACAAAUCUAAUCAAACUA